GUUCCAUCUUCGAUUCGAUCCCAUACCGUCAUCAGCGGCCAUUCCGUCUGCUGCUGGGAUUUUAUUUUGCGUAUGUCCAGUUAGCGGUAGUGUAUAAUUUUGAUUUGAUUGAAAUUUGUAGGUGCUUCGUUUUUGUGUAUUUCGGAAUUGUCGCCUAAAAUACUUCGUUUGUAGUUCAGAGGCUUUUCCGGAAAACCAAAUGAUUGAAUAAUUAAUACCUACCUAUAAAAUCAGUCAGAAUGUGUUUGUAAUAAGUGCAUGUGGAUUUUUAUUCCUGUUUUACGUUAGAGAAGAAAAAGUGAAGUGUCCAGUUCGAAAAAAUAUCAAAAUAAUAGUAAUUGUUGUAAAGUAAUAAUCGCGGGGAAAGUUUGAUGGUUCUUCAGUAGAACAACAAAGGCGUUUUAAAGAGAAGGACCUUGCAUGUCAUAAAGAAAGACACAGUUGAAAGAAGAGACGAAGGGAGGAACAAAAUGGAAGAUUCCCAACAGCUGCAGUUGUCGCUGAUUCGCCGGCACAACCACAGUGGUGGCAGCAGCAGCAUGAAUCUAAAAAAUUCCAGCGGAUCAUGCGAUGGGAGCAGCGGUCAUCUGGUAGAUAGUGGUUACAAUUCCUAUUCGUUCAAUGCUUCAUCGUCUGUUGUCACUCGAUCGGUGCUGGCCACGAUCGACGAAGACAACGAAGCGGAUUGUAGCUUUGAAGCUGAAAAUGCUCUUAGAACUAGAGAAACCCCGCUCAAGAUCAACAGUAUACUUACUCCUACGACGGCGGCCAGUAUUGAACAGAUGUCAAACUUUCAUCUGACUACACCCGAUAGCAACUACAAAGAAAAUAUCUUCGUUAAACGCCGAGAGCUUGCCCGUAAACCUACUUGUCAGAAUCUCUUCAAUCAAAUAACUCCUGAAAAAUCCGGCGCUCGACUGUUUUCAACAACAGAAACACCUGUUUGCUCUGGAAGAAAGUCAGCCCUAGGAAGUAUAACUCCCAGGAAAAACAAAUUGACAGCCAAGCGAAAACUUUCCAGUUUCCGAGAAAAACUGUAUUCGGAUGGAGACGCGGAUUUACUACGUUCAUCUCCAGAUUCGAUCGAUGAAGAUUGCAAGCAGCUGGAACAUGAAGAAAUAUCUCCAAUUUUCCAUGCGAAACGUAGACGAAACUCCGAAAUCGAUGAUCUGAUACGGUCAAGUACCCCGAAAACAGCUGGUUUCAAAUCAAACUUUCAUUUGGAAUCCCAGGAAAACGUAAAUUGGGGAGCCAAUCGUCAGAACAAAAUGACCGGGCCAAGAAACAAGCCGCUUACCUUGCGAAAGUUUCAGAGCUUCAGUCCUAGAAAAAUGCAUAGCUACCGUAAACCGGAAUCAGUAUUGCAGGAAAAGUCUGUCAUGGUUAACAGAAAGGCACCUUUGCAUCGUCAAAAUUCAUUUUUACAAAGCUCUCCAAGAUCGAAGUUGAGUACCCCAUCGAAAAGAAUUAUCGAAACUUCCUUGGAGCAAAGUUUUGAGCCGCCCGAGCAUGAACUCACCCCAGCCAAACAGAACAAUUUUACGGCUCUUCUAGAAGCACCAAUUUUACCAUCAGGAUACUCAAAAGACCUCGAACAAGAAGUUUCUCAACUUCCAUCUUUAGAUGAUUGCAGUUUUACUCCCAACAAAGCACAAUCGCCGGAUCAAUCUACUUCCUAUCACCCAGAUUCCGUCCUUCGGGAUUAUCAAAACACUAGCAUCAGUGCCUCCAUAGUCUCGAUAACUGAACCACUUUCUCCUUUCCCCAUUUCCAUCGCGCCACCCAAAACCCCUUCUUCCUUGAGCAAAACCACUCCGCGUAGAUUGAAACGUCUAUCUCGUGGAAGCUCCGCAAAGAAAGCGUCUUCCCCUAAACAAAAAAUUCCCAUAACGCCUCCGACAACUUUCCGGCGCUCUUACGUUGGAACCGAGCGGCUCAAUAUACUCAAACGGCUAAAUGAAAACGAUAAAGAUGCAUUGGAGCUAAUCUUGGACUACCUAACGGAUAGCGAUCUCGUACGGGUGGUGGCCGUGUCCCGUGAAUGGCAAGCUAUUAUCGAAAGCCAUCGUCGUUCUUUCCGGCGCUUGCGAGAGCAUCUGGACCGUGAAGCUCAAAUCAAGGAGAACCUUGAUCGCACGGGUUCAUCCAAUGCCAGUGUCACGAAAGAGCAGCUGCUGCUCCAACCGUUGGUAAUGGUACCUCCUGGUGGUGCCAAAAACAUUCGGCAGCCGUUCGGCACCUGCAACUCAAUCGACCGCAGUGCUAGCUGCUUCAACAGUUCCUCCAACACAACCGGCGGUAGCGGGUUGUAUGGAAAUGUGCCCGGUUCGGUGCAGAAGUCGCCACCAGUAAGCCCCUCGAGAAGGAAGUUCCGGGAUAACCAGAAGAUUGCUUCACAUUUAAAGAAAUCGGAAAGACUGAAACCCUGUCCGCGAUGUGAGAAACCUAGCCGGAUAGUCCUUAGUAAAUCCACUCUUCGGUUGGCCCUGACCACCGGUAAGCUCACGUCCGCUGCCUUGGCCAAGCUAGAGAAAUCUUACACGUUACCUGAUCCGAUCGUUGGCGGUACUGAUAGUUGCAACACUACAAAACAGGGAGAUUUAGUUUCGGAAACUGUCGCUUUGGAGAACAGCCAACUGUCGCCGAAUGAGUCCAUUCGAAUUCGGCGCAAUCUAUUCUCGACAAGCCUGUUGGCGCGGUCUUGCACCGUAGACGGUCAAACUCCUAGGGAUACACGUCGACGCAGCAGUAGAAUAUUGCAGGAAACGCCGUUGACCAGCGCCAAUUCCUUACUGGACAAAAAGAAUCUCAGGAAUCGUCGCCAAUCCACCAGUGAAAUAAUGUGCACUGGAAAAUCAACGGUGACCAACGAUGAAUCCCAAUCCGAUUACGCUAUGUGCAGUGGCAAAAGCUGUGGGUUCGUUUUCUGUAUUAAGUGCCUGUGUGAGUAUCAUCCGGAUGCAGUGUGCAAGGAUUUGGCGCCAAAUUCACCGAGCAAGGAGGAAGAACCGGUGCACAAUGUUGCAUGUAGCAAACAGAGUCGGCGAUCUUUACAUAGAUUGAGAAAGUAGUAAUUUUAUGUCCAGGGGUAACUCUAUAAACCCAAAGGUAUUUUAAUUGUUUUAUAAACAGACAUUAAUUUAUUGCUAGCACCCGUUUUUAGCCUGUAAGUUUUCACGUACCCUGUUUUCCCAGUAUGUAUGUCUGUCUCUUUUAUAUGCCUUUUUAGAAGGAUUUUUCCUUUCAGUGAGAUUGUAUUAAUUUUGUUUUUUUAAUUCUUUACAUAUGCACAAUUAUUUAAUUGAAGAGACAAAUUAACCAUCAUUAGAAUCUUAAUAUAUUUCAAUCUGUGUAAUUUUCUUAUAAUAAUUAUGAGCAAUGUGCUUCGGUAUAUUC